ACUGCUAACACACAGCACAAAUGAAAUAAGGAAAACGAUAUUGUGCGACAGAAAUAAUAGCGGCUAGUACUACUGUUUCGCUGUUCGUGGUGUUAAGGUUUCAUGCUUGUGAAUCGAUCAAAUUUUGUUUGCAAAACGAUCCAAUUGAACCGAAUAAUUUAUGAAUUUUUAGGACUGCAUUUUCUGAAUUAAACAAAGAUCUUUUUAACAUUUAAUUUUGUCCAAAGUACACUUGAAAUUUCGGUCAAAAUCAAAAGCUGUUCGUGAAUAAUAGAAGCGUGUUCAGUGAAAUUCGCACACAAUUUUGGAUAUGAAUAUUUAUUUAACUGAUUAAUUAUUAAUAAUUAUUGCAUGUGUUACCAAUGCUAUGAACUUGUGCACGAUUUACCAAGACCUUCAUCAAACUUGUCUUUUAUGAAAUCAUUGUUUAAUCAUCAAAAUAUUUCACGCAUCUCACAAUGACGUUCGCUGCAUUAAAUUUAAGUUCGUGGCUUGUUAAACAAUGCAGUUUUAUGGGUUUAACAUGCCCCACACCAAUCCAACAAAAUUGUAUACCAAGGAUCCUAAAUGGUAAUGAUUGUAUCGGUUGUGCAAAAACUGGCAGUGGUAAAACACUUGCUUUUGCACUUCCUAUAUUACAAAAACUAUCUGAAGAACCAUAUGGCAUAUUUGCACUUGUUUUAACACCAACCAGAGAACUUGCUUUUCAGAUUGCCGAUCAGUUCUCAGCAAUAGGAAAAUCUAUUGGUGUAAAAAUGUGUGUAAUUGUUGGUGGAAUGGACAUGGUUACUCAGGGGUUAGAGUUAUCGAAACGUCCACAUAUAGUUGUUGCAACCCCAGGACGUUUAGCAGACCACCUUGAAAGCUGUAAUACAUUUUCUUUGAAACAAAUUAAGUUCCUGGUUAUAGAUGAAGCAGACAGACUUUUGGAAGGUCGUUUCGAUGAUCAAUUGAAAACCAUAUUUGAGGCUUUACCUAAGCAGAAGCAAAUGCUUCUUUUUAGUGCAACGAUGACAGAUACUCUCGAUAAAGUGAAACACAUAGUAUCCAGUAAGGCCUUCAUAUGGGAAUCAAAAGAUGAAUCUGGUUUAGUCACAGUGAAGGAACUUGAUCAACGUUAUGUACUUUGUCCAAGUGACGUGCGUGAUUCUUUUUUAGUAGAAACAAUUAUGACCUUUAAAGCAAGUAAUAAAGAUGGAUCUAUAAUGAUAUUUACAGAUACCUGCAAGCAUUGUCAAGUAUUAUCCAUGACAUUAAAUGAUGUUGGAUUCAAAAAUGUAGCUCUACAUGCAAUGGUAAAACAAAAAGAUCGUCUUGCUGCACUUGCUCAAUUUAAGUCCAAUCAUGCAAAAAUUUUAAUAGCUACAGAUGUUGCAGCAAGAGGUUUAGAUAUUCCCACAGUUGAGUUAGUUAUAAAUCAUAUUAUACCAAAUGUACCAAAGGAAUACAUUCAUAGGGUUGGAAGAACAGCUAGAGCGGGCAAAAGUGGUAUGGCAAUUAGUCUAAUAACUCCACACGAUAUUAAAUUGUUACAUGCGAUUGAGGAUGCUAUUGGUACAAAACUUACAGAAUAUAAAGUUAAUGAUAAGGAAAUAGUUACAAUCUUAACACAGAUAUCUGUUGCUAAACGAGAAGCGGAAAUGAAAUUAGAUGAGACGGACUUCUAUGAAAAAAGAUUAAUUAACAAACGCAAGAAACUUAUCCUUGAAGGAAAGGAUCCAGAUGAAAUCGAGGAAAUAUUAGAAAAGAAAAGAAACAAAUUAAAGAAGAAACAGAAAAUUCAUGAAAAUUCGCAUGACAGAAAUAAAAUGUAAUUAAUAUAAAAUUUAAUAUGUUUAAAAGUGUACAUAAUAUAAUGAAAAAUAUAUGAAUAUUUUU